UUUCGAUGGACGUGCAAGGAACAGCUCAUUCUGGCGGCUUUCGAUACGAAAACGGCAUGGUUUACGUCGGCACAUGGAACACCGAGGGCCAAAAACACGGAUAUGGCCACUUAUUAAUACCCCAAGGUACCAGAUACGACGGAUUCUUCCACGAAAACUUGUUCACUGGUCUAGGACUACUAACCUUCCCUGAUGGCGCUAAAUACGAAGGGGAGUUUCUGGACGGAUGGUACCACGGAUAUGGGGUGUUUUGGAGGGCGGAUGGUAUGCGCUACGAGGGACAGUUUCGUGGGGGGAAAAUGUGGGGCUUGGGUGUAGUGACUUUCAGCGACGGAAGUAAUGGGUUUCCGAAAUACGAGGGGUUUUUCGAAAACUGCAAAUUUUUGAAGAAGUGCGACUGCGCUGAAGUGGUGCAGAAAGCCCAAAAAGUGGCAUUUAUGGCCCGGAAUUAUCAAAAGUAGACGAAAUGUCGAAACUACUAAUUGUGAAAUUAAAAAAAAAAAAACAAUGUGUAAAAAAUGAUAUUAAAUCAACAUAUUAAUGAAACU